AUUAACUUUUUCCCAUCCUGAUUGUAUGCUUCUGGAAACGGUAUAUAAGCAUAUAUAGUACGUAUUCCACGGAUAUUAAUCCAUUAAGCUUUAUUACUUUAUCAGCCGACUUACUCUCUUUACCUAACACUACGCAUGACUUUAUUAUUGCCCAACAUUUUUCCCCGACUGAUGCAGAAAAGUGGUGGAGGAAAAAUAUAUUUAUCAAAGGGACUAAUUGUUUUAAUGAAUAAAAACAUCUAAUAUUCUCAAAUCUAAUUGUGGCAACCUAUUCUGAGUCAUGUUACCUUAGCUAUAAAUUUGGCAUAUAUUGAUGAAUGCGGAACCAUAUUUCGCCAGAGAUCGGAUUCUCAGGACUGAUAAGACUUCGCAGAUGGGUAGAAUGGGUUGAUGGAACCACCACCAAGAUUAUACACUUAUGGAGGCCUAUUCACGGAAAGCCGAUCACUAGACUUAACCUUGCGAAUUGUAUCGACAACACUGUCGUUUACAUUCUUCUUGAUCUUCCUGGCUUGGCGUAUUUCAAGAAGGGUAAGUUUUUACAUUUAUUUAGUUGCAGUCUUUCAGCAUUACACCAACCCACCAGCUGGUGUCGGUUUAAACUUUGAAAGUUUCAGCGAUCUAUGUCGCAAUGGAGUAUCGCGCUUGACGUCUUCUUUUGUGUACAGAAAACCAAAGUUUCCAAUAGUAAGGGGUUAUCUAAAUCAUCAAAAAGUUCUUUUUGUUGAAGACUGGAAAGUGAUUACGCUAUAUAGUCAUUUCACUUUGUUAGAUAUUCACUAUUCUUUGGCUCCAAGAUCCUUCAGACGAAAAUGGUAUGGACUAAUGAUUGCUGACGAUACGUUACAGUUUAGAUCGGAAUUACAUGAGCUUGUAAUUCUAGCAUUCAGUGCUUUGCCGAUGAGAAUGUUUGAACGCGUUGGACAAUUAGGGGCUGAUCCCAAGGCUUUUGGUGGUAUACUGAUUGACAAUGGUGUACCAUUCGAUAUACGUUUAGAUAAAUGGAUAUGCAGCAUGCACACAGAACUAUUUUUCUUCGGUUCACGUGAAGUAUUUUAUGAGUUUACACCAGAAAAUAUGUCAGCUUUACAAAAAGAAAAGUUUGUUCUACAACUUAGAGAGCACAUAACCUCAUUGGAACUAUUGCAUACACAUGGAUAUUGUUCAGAAACAUCAAAUUUAUUAAAAUCUUUUCUACCAUUUAUGAACUUUUCCAAGUCCUGCAACAAUAACAACCUGAUUAGUGCUUUCUACAAUCUCAUCAAUCCUUUAAUACAUUAUUACUUAGAGAAAUAUCUGUCUUCUGAAGAAUACACAAAGAAUUCAACUAGUCAUCAUUUAGAUCAAGCCAUUGACAAUCAUAAUGGUGAUUCUGAAUGCUUACGGGAAAGCAAAAAGUCAACAAAUUUAUUGUUACAACUUAUUAUUAGUUAUCACUAUUUAAAAGAAGAAGGAAGCUCAAAUGAAUUUCUAACUCUGACACAUAUUAUUCAUUUACUUGUUGAAUGCUGUUUAGUAACUAGGCAAACAUUAAACAAAAAUCUAAAAGUCUUGUUAAAAGUACUCGCUCUUAAACCUGAAUGGCAGGAUAAUCUGCGAAAAGAGUGCAAGCAAUUUCUAGAGAAUUAUUAUAAUAGGACAAAUCCAAUGUCUCCAUCCCCUACCCACUGCCCAUCACAUCUGUGUUUUUCCCUGAAGCAUACAAAAUGUCUAGUUUUUACAAAGGCUUUGAUUCAAGAAACACUACGCUUAUGUGCACUUGGCUGGCCUUUUGGUUGUUUGCGUCAAGCUUUUCGUGAUGGACAGAUUGUGGGACAAGAUUUCAGUGAAGGAGAAUUGGUGCUUUUCGAUGAGCCUGCUUACUACUCUGAUCCUGAUUUAUGGGAUACAGAUUUACCGAACAAUGAGAAUAAGAGAAUAGGCAUAGAAAAUCAAGCCUAUAAAACAUUUGAUCCGCAGCGUUUCAUUGAAAAGUUUCCCGGUGAAGAAAAUUCAACUAAACUGGAGUUAACAUUACCUGUGCAUUGGGCACGUAAUAUUCUUCAAGGAUACACUGUAUGUGUACCUCAUCAAUUCACUUAUUUAGUAUUGACUACAACUUUAGUUCACUUAUUUGGAACUGCUUGGGAAUCAUAUAUAACAGAUGAAAAAAUUGAACCUGUAUAUACUGAUGAAACUUUACAAUGGUCCGAUGAUCUACCUGCAGUUGAUCUCAAAAUAAACUUCUCUUAGUAUAUAAACAUUUUUUUAAGAAUUAAUAUCACUUUUGAAAAGUAAGAAAACGCAUGAGUGUUUUUUCCUCUAAUGUAUAUAUU